AUGCGUGUUUCAACACUCUUGAGUCUUCUACCCCUUGUGGCUGCAAGCCCGGCUGCUAAGCGGUCAGAGCCUGCGCCUCUAUACACUCGUGAUGUUCCUGCUCACAUGGCCGACAAGUACAUUGUCAAAUUCAAGGAAGGCAGCAUCAUGUCUACCAUCCAGAAUGCUUUGAAGAAUGUAGCUGGAGAACCAACCCACAAGUUUGAGCACAUUUUCCAAGGUUUCUCAGCCAAGCUGGACAAGAAUACUGUUGACCUUUUGAGGUUCUUGCCGGAUGUGGAUUAUAUCGAGCAAGACGGCGCAGGAUCCAGCACGGGUUACGUUACCCAAAGUGGCUCUACCUGGGGUCUUUCACGCAUCUCCCACCGCCAGAAAGGCAACAACGAAUACGUCUAUGAUUCAUCUGCUGGUCAAGGUGUUUGUGCCUAUGUCACCGACAGCGGAGUCGACGAGAACCACCCAGAAUUCGAGGGUCGUGCCCACCAGGUCAAGAGCUUUAUUCAAGGAUCUAACAUAGAUGACCUCGGCCACGGCACCCACUGCGCCGGUACCAUUGGCUCCAAGACAUACGGAGUCGCCAAGAAAGUCCAAAUCUACGGCGUCAAGGUCCUCAGUGCCCAAGACCGCUUCCAGUACUCAGAUCUCAUUGCCGCUUGGGACUUCAUCACCAAAGACAGCCCCAACCGAAACUGUCCCAAUGGCGUUGUCAUCAGUGGUAGCUUGGGGGGCGGUUUUAGUCAAGCCCUCAACGAUGCUGCCAACAACAUGGUUAGCAAAGGCUAUUUCAUGGCACUUGCGGCUGGCAACAACAACGACGACACGGCCAGACACUCUCCGGGUUCUGCUUCCAAAGCCUGCACUGUGGGUGGUAGCGACUCGUCUGAUAGACGCUACGCCGACUCCAACUACGGUCCUUUGGUUGAUAUCGUCGGUCCGGCUGUUCAGGUUCUUUCUACACUCCCCAAUAACCGCACGGCUUAUUACACUGGUACUUCUAUGGCGACUCCUCAUAUUGCUGGGCUUGCGGCCUACAUUGCGUCUCGUGAUGGUGUUAAGGCGUCUCCUUCUCUGUGUGCUACCAUUGCUCAGGGUGCUACGCGCGGUGCCAUUACCAACCAGUCCCCCAAUACUGUCAACUUGAUUGCCUUUAACGGCAAUCCCUCUGGUUAA